UCUCCGAUUGGACGCGCGGCGGCAGCGGGUUCGGCUGCGCCGGGGCGGAUGUGUCGGCGGGGCCGGCAGCGGACGCAGCCCUCGGCGGGGCCGCCGCCAUGGACGCAGCUACUCUUACCUACGACACUCUCAGAUUUGAAUAUGAAGACUUCCCUGAGACCAAAGAGCCUGUGUGGAUCCUCGGCCGGAAAUACAGCGUUUUUACAGAGAAAGAAGAGAUCCUGUUGGAUGUGACCUCUCGGCUUUGGUUCACCUACAGAAAGAACUUCCCUGCCAUCGGAGGAACUGGUCCCACAUCUGAUACUGGUUGGGGCUGCAUGUUGCGGUGUGGCCAGAUGAUCUUUGCUCAGGCCUUGGUCUGCAGGCAUUUGGGAAGAGACUGGAGGUGGAUAAAAGGGAAGAGGCAGAUGGAUAAUUACUUCAAUGUUCUUAAUGCCUUCAUUGACAAAAAAGACAGCUACUACUCCAUUCACCAGAUAGCCCAGAUGGGAGUUGGAGAGGGGAAAUCCAUAGGUCAAUGGUAUGGACCAAACACAGUCGCACAAGUGCUCAAAAAACUUGCCACUUUUGAUACGUGGAGUUCACUGGCAGUGCACAUAGCCAUGGACAACACUGUAGUAAUGGAAGAAAUCAGGCGGUUGUGCCAGUCCAACUUCUCGUGUGCUGGAGCUGCAGCAUGCCCUGCUGUGGAGUCAGACGUACUCUACAACGGGUACCCAGAGGAAGCAGGGGUUAGAGAUAGGCUCUCACUGUGGAAACCAUUGGUGCUGCUGAUACCUCUCCGCCUUGGGCUCACAGAGAUCAAUGAAGCCUAUAUUGAAACACUAAAGCACUGCUUCAUGAUGCCUCAGUCCCUGGGAGUGAUCGGAGGGAAACCAAACAGUGCUCACUACUUCAUUGGUUAUGUAGGUGAGGAACUCAUUUACCUGGAUCCCCACACUACGCAGCCUGCAGUGGAGCCCAACGACAGCGGCUGUCUCCCCGAUGAAAGCUUCCACUGCCAGCACCCUCCCUGCAGAAUGAGCAUUGCCGAGCUCGACCCCUCCAUUGCGGUGGGCUUUUUCUGCAACACGGAGGAGGACUUUAAUGAUUGGUGCCAGCAAAUCAAAAAGCUGUCCCUGGUAAGAGGAGCGCUGCCCAUGUUCGAGCUGGUUGAGCGCCAGCCAUCGCACUUCUCUAACCCCGAUGUCCUGAAUCUCACGCCAGGAGAUAAGGAGCUAUUGACAGCUUCUGCCAGGAGGAACUCCUCUGACGCCGACAGAUUGGAAAGGUUCUUUGACUCAGAAGAUGAAGACUUCGAAAUCUUAUCCCUUUGAAAACAAAUAGGAAACUGACUCUGCAAAUUCGUGUUGUGUGGGGAGAAGGGGGGGGAGGGAAGCUCCUUCGAGAGCCUGGGGCUACCGGUUUUCAUAGGUGCUUGCUGCCAUCCCCGCCUCUUGUCCAUCCAUCCUGGCAUUCUGUGCAGCCUCUGAGCAGAGCGUGCAUUGUCUGCAGUGGGAUGAAGAACUGAGUGGGUGUUGCAGCCUUAUUGGCUGGAGUUGGGAUUCCUCAGCAGAAAACACUUGCUGGAAGUGGAUGCAGUGGUGCCUACGAGUUCAAAGCCUAUCUGUUACAUCAGCAGGUCAGCUGCCCUUCUGGGGGAGUCAUGGGGGUUUUUAGUGCUAAAUCCUUACGCAGGGACUCCCCUCUGAAGCCUAAAUAGAGCCACCCAUCAUUUAGCAGGUGAUGUGUACAGUUAAUUCCUCUAGCAGCUUCACUUCUCAGUGGCCAACUUUGGACUGAGCUCACACUGCAAGCUACCAGCGGACAUCUCCCAGUGAGACAGCUGUGAAGUCCCCAGAGCGCAGGUGGCUAGGUGUCCUGCAGGUAAACUCCUGGCCACGCUUUGCAGUACACAGCACUUCCUCACGGUGCAGUACCCCUCUCCUACUCACGUCCUGUCAAAAGGAAGGUGGGGUGAUUUAGGAAUGAGUGCUAAUUCAACUGAAAGCUGUGGAGCAGCCAUGCUUCUGGGGAGGAAUCAGCCUAAAUAACAGCAGAAAGAGGGGAAGGAGAAUAGAAAAUGUGUGUUUUCUUGCUCAGUGAGUCAGUUACGUGUGCUUUUGUACGUUGUGCUUCUAUGGUGGAUUGAUCUCUACAGCAAGUAUCUUCAAGUAAGUUGCUUUGAGCAGAGAACUGGAUUCCACAACCCUGGGGGCGUGGGGUGGUGAAACACAGCUGAGGAGAGGUGAAACAGGACAACUGAGAUCUGCCAGCCGUGGGCCUGCUAGUGCCUGCGUCCCCGUGUGCUGGCAUAGCAUCUAGUGAACAAUUUUAUCGGUACCAAAAAUGUGAGCUGUAAAAUUCCUCAAGGUGUCCUCUGAGCAGUUCCUCCUGUUACACAUUCCCUUUCCAAAUCCAAAAAGGUUCCUGAUGGUUGAGCAGGCCUCCUGGCCGCGCUGUUACCUUUCCAUUCGAUCUUCUGCAAAUUCCCUUCCCUGCAGAGUAUGCACAGAGCUACUGUAGGAGCUAAACUGUAGAAACUCAUUUCAAGUAGUCAUCCCUAAGAGGUCAGCAAAGACAGAGUGUCUUGAGAAGGUCCAACACGACUGGAAAUUGUGGCUGCUUUUAAGAUAAUAGCUCUGCCUGUGGCCGUUACCUCCACAAACAGACUUCAGAGAAAGGUAAACUGGAGGAGAGCUGUCGUGAUGCAAGCUGCACCAGCAGCUGCUGAAGUUCCCUUAGUGCAUGCUGCAGCCUGCGGAUCUGUUUACAAGGUUUCGUACAUACAGGAUCGGAACCUGUCAGUUGAUGCUCUUGUGCCCCAGGGUGGUGACAACGGGCUAGAAAUGACUCAUGUCCUCCGUGACUGACCUACUGAUGCUCCAGCUGUCCCUACGCUACCCAAAAGCAGAGGUUUGAACUGGGAACCACAAUGCUUCUGUCACUAAAUUAUUAUUUGCUGCUUUCUGCCUGCUUCUCCUCUUCUCUCCUGUAGUUAGGGGAAGAGGCAGCAGAGGAAGUGGGGCUGUGCUCCAUUCAUCUGCUUUCAAUUUGUAUCUGAAUAAACAAAUUAAAAUCUUU